AUGUCUUCUGUAUUUCUCCGAAACGUUGCGCUGGCAAAGCCAGUAACUGUCCGAAAGCCCGGCGCAAAUGCCGAAGUCACAAUUACUCCCACUGGCAUCGAGCGCACCGAGUUGCGCCAAAUUGUCACCUCAUACUAUCCAUCCAAGCAAAUGAAGACACUUGAUGACUUCGACCCAUCUUCCUACUCCAUCGUCGAUGAACUCUUGAAUAAGAUGUCCCCUCAAGUCAGACGCGAGUUCUUGAAGACCAAGAGUUUCGAAAUCAUCGCCACUGAGCAGUGCCUAAACUUUGGCAACGACGGCAUGGAUCUUUUCCAGCAACUCGCUCGCUUGGCUCCCAUUAUCGGCCGGAUCGAAAGCUUGAUCGUCAGAGUCCAAGUCCCAGUCGUUGGUGCAAUUCGCAAGAAGGCCGACUACAAGGCCUCGAGCACCCGAGCCUUCCUUGAAGAGUUGGCUUACAAGGUUGGACUCUUCAAGUCCUUGAAGCGUAUGGACGUCCUCCUAGAGAUGCCUAAGGGUUCGGAUCUGGAGGGCACACUCCCUUUUAGUAAUGUUUGCGCCUUCUACCGCAUGCGCUUCAGAAAAUGGAAGUUGAAGUUACAUGUUGACGGCAAGCCCAACCUUCUGGUUGAUGACGUUCGCCUUGCUCAGAUGGACGCCAUGAACUUAGAGUUCUUGAGGGAGGAGGAAGAGGAGGUGAAGGAAGAGCGCAAGCGUCGCGCAGAUGAAAAGAGAAUGAACAACGUAGCCCGCGCCCCAAUCAACUAUACCCUGGUUGCACCGAAGGGUGGUAUGAAGCGUCGUGGACGAUAA